CGUAUCUACUCCAAAGAUCCACACAGUUUCAUUUUCACUCGCCCCGGUGUGGGUACCUUAGUCAAACAGUUGGCUCUCGAUUUGCGUGCCAUUUUCGAACCGUAUACAGCAACCCGACUGAAAACGCACAAACGAAAUGUAUUGAAAGAUUUUAUCGCUGUCGCCGGUCCGCUGCAUGUCACACACUUGCUGUACUUGACUCAUCCACAUGCGGACAAACGAACUGAGAAACGUCAGAGACAGCUGGCCAAAAAAAGAGCCGUGGAUCUAAAGAUCGAUAAUACAGAAUCUCUAUCGGACAAGGAAAAUCAAACGGAUCCUGCAGCCGCUGAGCCAGUGAAAUCAUCCACCGGAGGGGUGUAUCUACAUCUCGUGCGUGUUCCACAUGGACCCAGCCUUACAUUUUCCGUGGCUGAGUAUAGUCUGAAAAGAGAUGUGAUCACUUUGGUUCGGCGAGUGUUCGAUUCACAUCAGGUUCGCACUCCUCCGUUGCUGGCGAUGACCGGUUUCGGAGCACUCUACCCAGAUGCGCCUGGUCCCAGACAAUUGGAACCGCCACCACCGCACCUACGACUUGUGGUCGACAUGUUCCAGAACAUGCUUCCUCCGUUGAAUGUACAGAAGCUUAAACUAAACACUGUUCGACGAAUUUUGCUCAUCAGUCGUGAAGUAGACCUUUCAAGUAGCACCACUUCUUCUGACGGUAAAACCAUCUAUCCGGACGAUGUGAUCUACAUUCGUCAUUAUCACAUUCGUACAGAAAACCGCACGAUUAGCCGCGCACUACGGCGUCUCAGUCUGGGUGGCGCUCGGGCGAAGAAACGUCGAGUGACGGAUGCAGAUGUGCCCAAAGCAUUGCUUGCCCCCGGUUUGGGUCCGGGUGGUUCAGGAAAAUCCUCUGGAGUGCCAAAUUUGGCAAAAUACGUGUGUGUGGAAGAUUUUCUUACCAAGUGA